AUAUACACAGAAGUAGCUAGCUAAGCGGUCGACUGGAAGAAAAAGGAAAAGAAAAAUAGAAAGAAUAACGGGGUAUUCUGCCACGGCUGCUUAUUCCACGCCGUCUGACUCUAUCCCCCCUGUCGUACACUUGUUGGCGCUAUUUGCUACGUGCGAGCGGGGACGCGUGGAGGAGCUUGGAGGAAGCGCUCGGUGUGCGCACAGCCCGAGACGACCACCGCUACGCGUGCAGAAAAGCGGCGAGGGAGAAGCGUACGCGCUGGUGGUCGGGCCUUGUAGUACGUGCGACGAUUUCAAGCAGCUCCGGCAAGUGUUUGUGAGGCUAUAGCUCUAGGGCUGGCCUGCUGCCGACGCCGCUGCGAUCGCUGCCUGUGCUACGGACGGCGACGCCCCGUCGCUAUAGCGGCAGAGUGCAGAGAAGAGGUCAGCCAGCGGCAAGUGCGUCGUCGUUCGUUCGUUCGCUUCUCGCGGACGAGCGCGCGGUCGCGCCAUGUGUGUGCGUUUGUGUGUGCUUGUGUGUACACGGCUGUGAGACGACUUCUAUUCCCCACACCGACGCCGCACUUUUCUAUCCGUCUGGUCGCCGUCUGGAGCUCGUGGAAGAGCUAAGCGGCGCAGGAAGCGCGUGAUCGUCUGGAAGACCUUGGCGAACCAUAUUGCGCUGUGCGGUCGUGUGUAGUUGCGGUCCCGACAAAUCUCGUCUGCUUGAAGCGGUCUUCUGGACGUCUUUCUGGGGCGUGCAACUCAUCGCCCUUUUGCUGGAUACGGCUAAACUGUCGGCCUUCGAGACGAGUGGAAAAAAUCUGGAAACCGAGUGUAGAAGACGUGCGUGCGUGCUUUUGUGGAAGGUCGGAACAUCCGUGUGUGUCUUGUGGGCGCUUGUGUAGUGGUUGGUUGUCGAGCAGCGAUAAGCGCAGUUGUGACGCAGAUCGUUCUUCUGUGACGUGUACGCGUGCUGGACUUCGACGGUCGCUGGACGGAAGACGUCGAACACGUAAUGCCAUAGGAACGAGAUGUGCUUGGUUCCUGUACGUCUCGCUUCAUCCUGGUCACCGGAGGUGUUUUCAAAGCUGUCUUCUCAAGAUAUGACGUCCUACUCGUGACUCGAAGCACGCCUGCGUCUCGCGGAGUGAUCGCUUGCCGCGAGUGUCUGAAGUGAUUAAUUCUUCGGAUUUCGCUGUUCACUAACACACAAACUCGGAUUGCCAGUGGAAUUGAACUCCAAAACCGAGUGACCUUCACUGCGGUGUCACCGUCAGUAUAGUUCGUGACCUUCGUUGCGAAAUUGGCCACUGCGCGCUGAGACAAGUCCGCGUACGCUGUCUGUGACGCGCUGUUGGCUGGCGUCGCCAUCGUUUUUUGCCUUAGGCGGCCGGUAACCCGACGCUAUAUGGAAUGACUAAUGUGUUUACAAACUUUGGUUCCAGUUCCGCUCGUCAGGCCGCCCUGAGAGAAUUUUAACCACACGUACGCGUCGGCUCUGGAAGGGCGUGGUAAAGUUUGUCGCCGCGUUUGUAGCCUGUGCCUUCGCAUUCGCAACAGAUUCGCCUUUUACAAAUCACUCGCGUCGUAUAGGUACGGGCAAAGUCGAAGGCCAAGAAACUCUACUUCUUUGUCUUUCCUUUGAUGUCAUAGGCGCAAGUGUUCCAAGGGCAACAAUAGUCUGAUAUUUUCGCUUUACGCGGCCUAGUGCUGAACAGUUAUCGUGUCAUCGUGGCAUCGUCGCAGUGUUUGACGGCCUUUCGCGCCGAUUGUGGGAAAGGUGGAUGGUAACAGCGCGCGGCUGUUGUUUUGUGUCAAACCUUUCGUCGUGUCGAAGAAGAACAGCAUCCCGAAGGUUAAGGGACAUCAACAUCAACGACCAGCUGGGCAUCAGCACCGCGGACCAACAUGAAGACGCUGAGGCAGUGCAUCUCGGCUUCAUCAGAAGAAAGACCACAGAUGGCGGCGAUCAGAAAAAAACUAGUGAUAGUCGGAGACGGCGCGUGCGGUAAGACCUGUCUUCUGAUCGUCUUCAGCAAGGAUCAGUUUCCCGAGGUCUACGUGCCAACGGUUUUUGAAAACUACGUCGCCGACAUCGAGGUCGACGGGAAACAGGUUGAGCUGGCCUUAUGGGACACAGCGGGGCAAGAGGACUAUGACCGGUUGCGGCCCUUGUCAUACCCGGACACCGAUGUCAUCCUCAUGUGUUUUAGCAUCGACUCCCCGGACUCCCUAGAGAACAUCCCGGAGAAGUGGACGCCGGAGGUGCGCCACUUCUGCCCGAACGUGCCCAUCAUACUUGUGGGGAACAAAAAGGACCUGCGCAAUGACCCCCACACGCUGCGGGAGCUUGCCAAGAUGAAGCAGAAGCCUGUGGCACCAGAGGAAGGACGCACCAUGGCGGAGAAGAUCAACGCCUACGGCUACCUGGAGUGCUCUGCCAAGACCAAGGACGGUGUGCGCGAGGUGUUCGAGACUGCAACGAGGGCCGCCCUGCAGGUCAAGAGGCCGAAGAAGACAAAGUGCAUUCUGCUCUAGAGUAAAACCUUUUUCCCGUUCCCGGUGAGAAGCCAGAUGGGGGCUGGAGGAGCUUCUCUCGCUGCAGUGUCUUCGCCGCUUUGUUGUGCGCGCCGCCACCUCUUCCCCGCACCCUCUUCCUGCUCCGUCUGCACUCCGCACCGUGCGUCAGGCGUCGCCGCCUCUCUUGUCCGUUGUCGUCGUCGUCAACAACCCAAGUCCCGUCUUCUCCUCUUCGUGCAUCGCUGCCAGGCCUCCGAGCCGAGCUGCGAGGACAGAGAUGGCCGAGCCUAGCCUGCUUCUGUGUGGCCGUGCAACGUCGCCCGGCGAGGCGGUGGUUUUCCUUGAAUGUUGUUCGAGCUGCUGGCAUUUCGAGGGCUUCAAAGAAAGUGCCGGUCACGCUUCGUCGCCUUGUGCAGAAUAAGAAGAAACUCUUCUCAAGUUUGUGUCGCGUUGAAGGGCAUUUUGUGGCUAUGGGGGAGCGCGCGUGCUUGGGCCGUUCACAAACUUAAACUUUUUUUUUUUCUCGUAAGCCUUCCGCAUGCCACAUUUGCCUAGGCAGGAAGGCCAAAGUGCACGGAGAAGCUGUUUGGAGUACUUGUUUCAGCUUUUUUAGCUUGUUUUAGAGCUUAACCCAGCAAUUUGAGGCAAGCAGCAGAUGAACUUAUGUUCAAGUCUUGCUUACCACACGUUUGAAGGAGAGCUGCUUGCUUUGAAUUUUUGGUGCGAGUUGUGUCGGUCGUGCUUGGAUCAGGGAGUGUGGUUUGUGGCGGCUAGCUGCCUGCAAUUGCACUGGUGUGAGCAAUUGGGGUUAGUGCUUUGAGUUUGCGCAAGAUUUCUGGCAUUGUGUCUAUCACCACACUUUUACAGACCCACUGCUAACCACUUUCAGUGCUAACCGGUAGUGGCCUAGUUUCGUGUGGCACUCGCCAGCACCGUUUGUCGGAGCCCUUUUAGCUGAGUGCCAGGGAUUACACAGGAAAGUUAGUGCUCGUCAAAAGCAGGCGGCCCCCUAGACCAAGUGCCUGGAAAAACUUUUCUGAACCAUUUCCCCCCCCCCCCCCCCCUUUUUUGUCAGUUCUGGUCAAAUUGUGAAUACCCCCCUCCCCCCACUCCAAUGUCUGCCUUUGCUAACACUGAGCAAACGGAGGUGCAAAGAAGAAGAGACUGCGGAAAGUUGAAGUAACUCUUGAACAGUAGCUUUCUUUAUUUAAGAAGUUGGUGCGCUGUGCCUGCAACUUAGACGGGAGUUUCUCUGCAAGCUCUGUCUCUGUUAUAAAGUGUUUCCUUGAGUAGCUUUUCUGUUGUUCAUUUCUUUCUUUUGUGUUACUGUUUCCAUCUUGCCUGGCAUCGUGCGCUGAAAAGAGUGUUACCUUAGCUUUGUUGUACGAUCAGUGUUGAAGUAUGAAUAGCUUGUUUUAGAGCUUAAAUCCAGCAAUUGCGCGGACAGUGCUAAGAACUAGUGCUACUCGUUGGCUCUGUUUAAAAUUUUUCUUCUUUAUUACUUGCUGCGAAGCUGGAGCUGUAAAGUUACCACCUCUCAAAGGAUGUUAACUUAGCAGCAUCGAAGUGAGUCAGGGUUAGGCCCAGGAAAAUGCACACGAACUCGCUUGCUCUCCUGCUAGUUUGACCUUUAGUCCAUUCCCUGCUCCUUGUUUUGUUUGCCUGCCUAAUCUCCUACGGAGCAAGUAUUGUAAACAGGACCAGACGUUGUUUCACAUCUCAGGUGAGCGUUUUAUGUAGAAGCCACGUGGACGUGACCCAGGAAGGAGUUCUUCGUGAACGGAGUAUGCAGUCGUAACUGACCGAACCUUGAAAAAGCGCCAAGUUGCGCAAGUUGAGCGUGUGUCAUGUUUCAUCUAUCCAGCCCCGCAGUGCCGCACCUACAGGUGCAUCUUUGCAAACUUUGUUCAUGCUUGUAUUGGUUGAUUCUGAACAGGACUCUGUUCAUGAUACUGUACAUGACGCACUGAAGCCUCUGAUGAUUGUGCAUCGUGAAAAAAAAAGUGCUUGCUCGAAAGUCAUUGACGUCAUUGCAGUAGCUUCUCCUUUGGCGCUUGCUAGUGUUCCUUCUAUCUGUUCACAGAGAAAAAGAAAACAAAUUUUAGUGCCACGUGUUUGAAUUAAACUGAGAUAUAGCCGCACUGAAGGUCUUACUGAAAUCGCAUCCAUACAAAAAAUUUUUUAAAUGCAUUGGUUGUUGGUGCACGUCUGUGCGUUGUCAUUGUUGCUACCAAAGACGCUUGGUCAUUAUCUCUAAAUUGUGUACAUGCACAUGAUUAUGUAUAUAGACUAUUCACAUUGCAAUGUAUUUUGUACCGGGAGUGCCAACAGUAAAGAUUGCAUACUAUGCUGUGGUCAUAUAAAGAUGUUUAGUAGCCAAUGCUACGUAAUGACAGCUAUGGAAAUGAUUACAGCUGGCCUUAAGAGUUUUCCCUUGCUUGUAAACAGCGGUCACUUGGUUCAUUUGAUUUGCUUGGCACAAAUGUAGUGAAAGAUUUGAGGACUAAGCGAGAUGUAUAAUCAACAUCUCAAAAUUGUAUUACAUCAUCUGAAAGUUGGUGCAAGCAGUUAAGAGCAAGCUUUCAUGGAUGCACCUGUGUCGGUGGUCAUGCGACGGCUGUCUCAAGUGUGCCGAAACUACUGCUUCGGUGUUCUUUUAGUAGCAUUGUCUUUUGCAGCGUCGCCAAACGCUUCUUUCUACUAGUUCUGUGCAUGGGCACAAACAAAUGGCGGGCACAUUUUUGAAAUGCACUUGUGUGACGCGGAGUGAUUGUUGUCUGUAUGGUACUAUAUACAUUCUUUUUAAUGUAUUGCAGAGAAAGAGAGCUUUAUUUUAGAUUUUUUCUGUGUUGGUGUUGUGGCUUGUCUCCGCGGAAGAAGUUGAAAGCGGACAUCACAAUGAAGAGCUUCGGAAAUGUUGCGGAUUUCUAUGGCUUUCGUGAGGAACUGUUGCUGCCGUGAAUUACUGCUGCUAUGCUACAUGGCUUCUGUUCUUUUCUUUGCUCCUCACGAGGUCACCGCCAUUGCUCGCGAGUUAAUCAUCCUCCAGAGUGUCUUUUAUUAUUUUUUUUCUAGGCAUUUCUAACCGGAAACGUGGCAAGGUGCGAUGACACCAUCUUAACUAAGAGAAGACUUCUCAUUCUCUCUCUCUCCUCUUGUACAUAUUUAAAAAGAAAGCUAUGUCCGCAUAUUUUUUUUUUCGUUUUUUUUUUGACGUUGCUGUUUUCACCUCCUGUUUCUGUACCAGUGCCGAGCAUUUGUGAUGGCGGCGCAUUUUUUAUACGGGGAAGCAAGACAGCUUAGUGCAUUGUUCUGUCGGUUAUGUGUAUGGUAGGCCUCCUGUAACUAUUAUUAUUAUUAAAGCAUACUUUUGGUGAAAA